AUGGCUCGCAGCGUACCAACUAUGGAGGGUGACGCACCCCCUGCCAGGCAUACCGAGGUUGAUGGGGAUUCGCAAUCCGGGCCGCCAAUUGUUGAUGCUGGUCCACGCAACCGGAGAGGCACUAUCCCGUCCCACGUCCAUGAGCGAACCCCCUUAUUGCAACAAGACAAUGAAGACCUCGAAUCGGACCAUGAGGGCCAAGCCGAACCACAGGAUAAUGCUGCCGCCGAUCCGAAAAGCUUUUGGCGGAUUUGCAGAAGCCCGAGCAUCCUCUGGGUUCUUCCAUUCCUCGUAGUUUACAUGCUAGGAGUUGGUGGUACUGCGGUUCCCAAGAUCAACCUGAUGAUGUCUCUCAUCUGCAGGGACUACAUGGCUAGGAAGGCGACUCAGGAUCCAGGGUUCACGUAUCUCCCUGUUAUCAUUGGGAAUCAUAAUUCGCAAUGCCAGACGCCUGAGGUCCAGUCUCAACUUGCCCAAUUCCAGCUAUAUUUCAAUCUGUUGGCAGGUGUACUAUCUGCGCUAGCCUGCCCGAGGCUGGGCCAUCUAUCUGAUCGCUACGGUAGGACGAAGAUACUGGCCCUUAGUGGAUUUGGGACAGUUUUGGCAGAAGCCAUCACCGUCUUUGUCGCAGCUAGACCGGACCUUGUGUCGGUGAAUGUGCUUCUACUUGCUGCAGUCGUGGACGGUCUAUGUGGUUCCUUUACCACUAUAAUGGCGUUGACGAUGUCUUAUGCAUCCGACUGCACUGUUCCAUCGAAACGCAGUGCGGCAUUCGGGUACCUAUACGGUUCCCUUUUCGCCGGAGUCGCAGCUGGGCCAAUGCUUGCAGCUGUACUAAUCAAGAAAACAGGCCAAGCACUCACGUUCUUGACCGUCGUUCCAGAAUCAUUGCCUAAGGGACGACAGCAUAUUUCACGCGACAGUCACCGGAGAAAGGUCUCUAUUGAGGGGGAGGCCGUUUGGCUCUCUCUGGAAAACUUGAACCCCAAAAGAUUAAUAACUCCUUUAUCUGUCUUGUUCCCGCCAGUUGGACGUCCAAGUGCCCUGUUUCCUAACCGCCACGGUGCGAGUCCGGCGUUGCGAAGAAACAUCAUUCUUCUUACCGCAAUAGACACCAUUGUAUUUGGUGUCGCGAUGGGGACCGCUCAAGUGGUCAUCAUCUAUGCCGAGUAUAAAUUCGGCUGGGGAAAUGUCGAAUCGAGCGUCUUUAUAUCGAUUGUAAGUAUCGCUCGGGUCGUCAACCUCUUCGUUGUGUAUCCGAUUGUGACAGCGAUUUUUCGUGAACCGCCGAAACCAGAGCAUAUCGUUUCCGGCUCAAGUACUUGCGAGGUCGUUCUUAUACGGAUCUCUCUUCUGUUAGAGAUGAGCUCUGUCAUGGUCUGCUCGGGUAUAGUCACAGCGCUCGGAGGCAUGGCAAUCCCGACCUUGCAGUCAUCCCUCACGAAACAUGUACCUCGUGAACGGUUAGGGCAGAUCCUUGGAGCAAAAGGUCUCUUGCAUGCUCUCGCUCGAGUAGUUGCCCCAACCGUUUGCAGCCUCCUUUACAGCCUGACGCCGCUGGCUCUGGCAGGGUCGACUGUCGGAAGCUUUUGUACGGUUGCAGCUAUCACGUACGACGUGCAUCGUCGAGUGCGCGUUGCGGAACGAAUAAUCGAGAAUAAGCGGGCCCUUCAGACCUCCGCGCCAAAUUACGAUGCAACGUCUGCGGCAAAAAGACUUGCACGUAUGAUGGAGGCGGCUGAAGCUGGAGAGUUUAUGGGCUUGGAAUCGUUGAAAGAGCAGGACCGGAGACUACGAGAAGCGCAAGCUCUUCCAGCCGAGGCUGACAUGCAUGGUGACAAUUUGAGCUCGGAUGUUCGCUUGGAAGACCAAGAAUCUCCAGCCCCUGCAGUGUCUUUUCUUGAUGCUACGCGCUUGAGGAUAAUUGACUCGCUUCACCCCGGACAGGAGCCAGUGAACUCCCCACUAUUGAACGAUCUUCCUCCUAAUUUAAUACGAUCGACGGAUGCCCUGGACCGAGCGAAAGCCACCCUUGCACAUACAACUAAUAGCACGAACAACGACGCGGUGGGAAAUGAGGCAGUGGACACGCCCCAAGAGCAACCAUCCGUCACGGAACAAAUGCAGUCGCUUCUCGACCGUGGCCGGCCCAUCGAUGCUGCCCAUUUAUUUUUGGAUGCACAUCCCGCGACAUUAAAGGGUAUAUCUUCGGACAGGCGGGAGCUCGCGGUCAAGACCAUGUACGCCAAUUGCAAGGAGGAAAACGUAAUGGUUGCACGGAACAUAUUCGAGCGCCUAGAAGAGGUGGACAAAGUGUCCAAUAGCAUGUGGAAGAUCCUGAUGUUCGCAUUGGCAAGAAAGGGCAACAUCGAAUCUGUCGCGACUAUCUUCACUCGAUAUAUGCACAGGUUUAAGGUUCCUCCGGAGAUGGUUGAUAUUGUGCUCCGAUGCCUGCUCGAGUCUCAUAGACUCACCACCGCCAAAUGGUUUCUUCUUCGAAACCUUGAUGUUGAUCGUGGCUGUGGUCUGUGUGGCGCAUAUCUUACAGGGUUAUGGAAGAAAACAAGGAGCAUCGAGCUGUUGAAUGGGCAAUUGAAAAAAUUAUUAACGAUACUUCCGCGGUUGCAGAAGGAACCGACCGACAAACUCUUUAACCCGGUGAUCAAAGCAUAUGUGGAAUUUGGUCGGCUUGCGGAUGCCGAAGCUCUAGUGAAAGAGAUGACCACCACUUACGGCAUCCCCCUGCGUUGCCGAACCAAAGGUCUUCUGGUAUUUGGCAAGGCCUUGAGCUGCGACUGGGAGGGCGUGGAUGCUGGUUUACGGGAGAUGCAUGAGCUUAAGCUGACCUCGAGACGGUUUGACUUCACACCGAUUUUUGAUCGCAUCUUCCUAGAAUAUUGGGUGUCGCAUUCGGGUGUCGAGAUCCGUGAUUUCGUCUACCGCUACAUCCGCGACUUCGAGUUGGUCCCUGAUAAGAUUCUUUACAAACACAUCCUGGAGGCGUUCGUGGAAAAGGGGGACAAGGACAUGGUCGAUGACUUCCUACGGUUUGCACGUGCCCGCCGCUGGCCGACCUACAUCAACGAUCGAGAUUUUUUGGAAAUGUUACGAGCCCGUCGUCAUGCUCUUGAGGAAGCACCCGUGGGAUUUUGGCAGAUGUUGCAAGCGGCGCGAUCGAAAUACGGACAAGCCGCUACUUCACAGCAUGUGCUCGGAUAUGACCAGCGUUCAUUCCCCGUCCCGGAAGUCAACCUGAUGCCAUAUACACAGAGCACGCUACCCUGGCCGGUUGACCAAUAUCAGAAGCUUCACAAGCAGAUGGUGCAUUACAUGCAUGUUGGCAAGCUGACAGAGGCCCUCAAGUGCUUUCAGAAUGCCAAAAACGCACGGUUUCAAGUCAAGCAACUUCAUGUUGAAUUGGCUGUCAUUUGCACAUUGCUCGAAGAUGGCCUCAUGGCGGCUCGAGAGCUGAUUGAUGCGGAAUGGAGAAACAUUCGGCAUCUGAUUCAAUACUUCCCUCGGUUUUUCCGCCAAAUCAUGGAAAUGUUCCUGCGUGCAUUUGCGGCGAGCGACAAUAUUCCCGGCGUCCGAUGGUGCAUCCUGACCGCGCUUGCCCGAGGGAGCGCACUCAAUCAAGACUUUGUCAUUGAAGCCCGCCGGGUCAUUGCCGUCUUGCGUCGUCAGUUAAGCACGGCAGCCGAGACGGAAGACGUAUCUAGGCAGGGAGAAAAGGUGGAAUAUUUAGCCUACGCCACUGAACUGCUAGAAAAGAAAAGCAAUGGCGAUGCCCAGGUGUGGCAGCUCAAGACCAACCCCAAGGUGAAAAGGGCUGGUCGCCAGAUGCUGAAACGACCUUUAGAUGAGACACAGCUGUUCGAAAUGGCGCGUCUUCCAGAAACGAUUGAGGGAUGGGAUGAGGAAUAUGAAUUGGAGGCCGUGCGAGGCCGCAUUGAUAUCGACCCCAAAUCCAUUGCGCUUCGCUGGAGCGAGAAGCACUGCCUGGGACAGAUUCGCGACGUCGAGGAUUUGCUGUAA